AUGCCGCGAAGUCAUCGUCCUGACAAGGAAAAGUUCGAUAUUACUCUCCAGCAGAUCCAAGGCCCCAAUUGGAAGUUUACCCUUGGGCGUGGGUUUGAAGACUUGCGUACUAAUCCAUUGCAAACCUAUCCCACCAACCUCGAGACCCGAAAGCCAAUCGACAAGAGGGCGUUGGAGCGCAUUGUACCACAAGUACGAGCCAUGUACCACUUUGGAACAAGUCAAACUAUCCAUAGGGACAACCCGUCAUUGAUCCAUGCUAUGGGUACUUUUCAUCGCGAAGUAGGCCAGGCAGCUGAGUUCUACCAAAGCUUCAAGCAACAAUUCGAUCAAGAGAUCAGUCAAAUGACCUACCUCUCGAAACCUAAUCUGAACGCAAUCUGGACAGAGAGGGUGAUGGAGAAAAGACAAGGAGACGAUGUGAAUCAGGGUGCGGAUACUUCUCAAAAUCAUGCACCAAAGUUCUGCAAGAAGUUUGAGGAUACGAAGAGAAGCUUGAUGCGCUCAGCGAAGGAGGUUCUUGAGUUCAUUGACCUGGCAUGGACGAGAGCCAAAGAUCCCAACAGCGGUGCCCUAGUCGAUCCAGCGAAGCAUUUUCGAGAAAAGGUGUCUCUCGCGUUUGAUCAGACGAAGGAGCUCAUGGAAUGGGCAGCGUUGUCACCAGACGCAUGCGAGGCACUCACUCGGGAAUUAAAUUCUCUGAAAGAAUUGGUGAACCCCGAUAGUGAGCGAGUAAAAGAUUUGUACAAGUCCAAAAACUUGGAGGAAGAAAGUUGA